AUGGCCAUCGGCAGCAGCAGAAUCCCCAGCAACUCCAUUCCUCAAGCAUUGUGUCCUGAUCACAUCACCAACCUCACGCAGAUGGCAGCGAUCAAGGCCCAAGAGGCUGCUGAAGCUUAUUUCACACUUGGAAACUUCGAAUAUGCAAUCAUGCAAGCCAAGACAGCGAAAGAGUUCGAUCCAGAUUUGCAUGGUAUCGAAAACCACAUGAACGCAUACCAAGUUCAUUCUGCCGUGUCACACAAGGAAAACUUGUACCGUGUUCUCGGCAUCGAAAACCCUACAGUUGCUGACUCGGAAACCAUCAAGAAACAAUACAAGAGAUUGGCACUUGCCUUGCACCCCGACAAGAAUGGAUCAAUGGCCGCCGAGGGUGCUUUCAAGCAUGUUAAGGCAGCGUGGGACGUUCUCUCUGACCCAGCAAAAAGAGAGGCUUACGACAAAUCUUUGAGACGACAGUUUCAAGCGGUUCAUGGUUCCAAUAAGCGCAGAGCUAGUGAGUGCAAACCAGCACAGCCGCAGAGGUCCAGUGCCUUCCCUCGCAAAAGGGCCAGUCCUGGCGGUGAUGGGAGCUGCUACAAGAAAACAAUUAAGAUUAUAAGAAAAUGUAAUCCAGGCCAAAAGGCAACUGUGAUGAUGGUGUCCGUAUGCCGAGUGGCUUAAUGUCCUCGCUUUGUACUUAAUUUGCCUCCUUGAAAUUUUGGAGUGCUUACUGUUGUAUAUGUACUUUUUA